UCAUCUAAAUAUGAAUGGAUGUGUCACUGUCAACAUAAGAAUCGACUGCACUUUCUUAACCUUUUCCCCCCUAAGUAAUGUCGUAUUCGCUAACUCGACAGUGAAUGCACUAGAAUGCCACGACUUUCACCGUGUAGCUCUUGUUUGCAUCGGCUCCUGAGCAACUUAGCCUAUCCCGCAUUGAUGAGAUUUUGGACUUCAAUGUUUUGUUUGUGAAAAUAACUUAAUUCCGUUUUUCCGGAUCUCCCCUCCAUCUCUUUCUUCUUAGCAUGGAGUCGUUUGUGGCCAUUCUCGGAUGUUCUGCAUGUUUUGCUCUAGGCGGACUUGUGUUUGCUGCCUACCAAUUUGGAAUGCUGUAUCAGUUUUUCCACAAGACUGAGACGAACAGCCCUCGACAUGGCGGUGAAAGCGUGGCAGAGGUCCUGCGUGCCCACGGGAUCAAAUAUGUCUUCACUCUCGUUGGUGGACACAUCUCGCCCAUCCUGGUGGCCUGUGAGAAAGUGGGAAUCCGGAUCGUGGACACCAGGCACGAGGCCACGGCCGUCUUUGCUGCUGAUGCCGUGGCGCGGCUUUCAGGUACCGUUGGUGUAGCUGCAGUGACAGCUGGCCCAGGUCUCACUAACACCGUGACAGCAGUAAAGAACGCUCAAAUGGCGGAAUCACCGUUGUUGCUCAUGGGAGGGGCUGCUGGGACACUACUUCAGGGCAGAGGAGCGCUUCAAGACAUUGACCAAAUGUCUCUGUUCAAGCCUCUGUGUAAGUUCUGUGCCUCCAUCCGAACAGUCCGAGAAAUCGUGCCUGUUUUGAGAAAGGCGCUGGCUGUCGCCCAGUCUGGAACCCCCGGGCCCGUUUUCAUCGAAUUCCCCAUCGACACUCUGUACCCUUUCCAUCUGGUGUCCAGAGAGUUUGCUGUUAAAAACCCUCCCAAAGGCCUGAUGGGCAAAAUUGUUUCAUGGUACCUUAACAACCAUCUCAUGAACAUUUUUGCUGGUGCCUGGGAGAGGCGAGACAUUUCACCUCUUCCUAUUCACAUCCCGCAAGCCACAGACAAUCAGGUACAAAAGUGUAUUGAACUGGUGAGUCGAGCCAAUAAACCUAUUAUCCUGCUUGGAAGCCAAGCCACACUACCACCAACACCAGUUGAUGAGAUCAGGAGUGCUUUGGAGGAGUUGGGCAUCCCUUGCUUCCUUGGGGGCAUGUCCCGAGGCAUGCUGGGUAAAGACAGCCCAAUCCACAUUAGACAAAACAGACGUGAUGCUCUGAAGGAGGCCGAUGUGGUAGUCCUCGGAGGCACAGUGUGCGACUUCCGUUUGAGCUACGGCAAAGUUCUGAACAGACGUAGCAAGAUCAUCGCUGUCAACAGAGACAGGACGCAGCUGCUCAAAAAUUCUGAUAUGUUCUGGAAACCAACUGUAGCAAUUCAAGGUGACGCUGGUACCUUUCUAGUACGGCUUUCCAAAGGCUUAAAGGGCCAUCGCUGUCCAGAAGAAUGGCCUCAAAGCCUCAAAGCAGGAGAUGUGACCAAAGAAAACAUAAAUAGGGCAAAAGCCAAUGAGAAGACAGAGCAUCACUUGAACCCCUUGAAAGUUCUUCACAUGUUGGACGAGCAGAUGUCAGAAGACAGUAUCAUUGUUGCAGACGGCGGUGAUUUUGUAGGAAGUGCUGCUUACAUCCUGAGGCCGCGCGGACCACUACGUUGGCUCGAUCCAGGGGCUUUUGGGACGCUGGGAGUGGGAGGAGGAUUUGCACUCGGUGCAAAACUGUGCCGGCCUGAAUCAGAGGUGUGGAUUGUCUAUGGUGACGGUUCCCUAGGAUACACUGUUGCUGAAUUCGACACGUUCACUCGUCAGAAGACACCGGUUAUUGCUGUUGUGGGAAAUGAUGCAUGUUGGAGUCAGAUCUCCAGAGAACAGGUUCCCAUUCUGGGUAGCAAUGUGGCGUGUGGCCUGGCAUUUACAGAUUAUCACACAGUGGCCGAUGGGUAUGGCGGUAAGGGCUACCUUAUAAGGCGAGAGGAUGAAGAGCAGCUUGGCAACAUCAUCUCAGAAGCUCGAAAGCAGAGCCAGAUGGGCAAAGCAACACUUCUCAAUGUCCUGAUAGGCAAAACCAACUUUAGAGAGGGCUCCAUCUCUGUAUAAUGCUAAAAUGCCAAGAGCAUAUUAAGUAUGUACCAAUGUAUUCCCUUACUAUCAUUAUAUACAGUAUAGCAGAAAAUAUAUCCAAAAGCCUUAAUAAUACACUUCAACUUGUUCUGCUUCUAGGAUAAAUUUUGUGCCCUAAUCAUAAUUUUUGCAUUUCAAUAAGGACACCUGACGAGGUUAGAAAUAUGAGUUUUGUUUCAGGGAUUUUACCUCUUUUGACUUGAUCAUUAAUAUAUUUUAAGUGUUUGUUAACCACACACAUCUUGCAAAUAAUGGCUUGCCUUGAUGAUCAAAUGCAACCAGAAUGCCUUUGAUCCUGUUAUCAAAUUAACAUGGAACCUUAAUUGUAUUUGAAAGCCUGUAAUACUCACCAGUGACUGAAGUAAUAGAAUUUUAAAAAUAUUUUUGAAAGUUUAUGAAAGCUCAAUGAUAUCUUUUGUAUGUUCAAAUAUAUUAACAAUAAUAUAUUGCAGAAUAAAUUGAAACAUAUUUCAAUAAUAAUGACA